AUGGCAACUUCGUCUCGACAGAGCGAUCCCAUCAACGAUGGAGGCAAGGAUCUUUACCACGAAUCCGUCGCAGAGAUCAUGCCCCAUCCUCCACCCACUCCUCUAGACGAGGACUACGACAAACAUGACGAGAAGGACAUGUCUCGUAUGGGCAAAAAGCAAGAACUGAGGAGGAAUUUCCGCAGAAUGUCCACGCUGAGCUUCACGUCCCUGAUUAUGGCAACCUGGGAAUUCGUCCUGAUAUCCAACUUGUACGGCAUGAUCGACGGUGGUCUGGCCGGGCUGUUCUGGUCGUACGUCUGGACCGCCAUUGGAUUCGGCUUCGUUAUCGCAUCGUUGGCGGAAAUGGCAUCCAUGGCGCCGACUUCUGGAGGACAGUACCAUUGGGUCUCCGAAUUCGCACCGCCGCAAUAUCAAAAGUUUCUCAGUUACAUUGUGGGUUGGCAGUCGACACUGUCUUGGCAAGCGGGAACUGCGUCGGGAUCAUUCCUCACGGGUACCAUCAUUCAAGGGAUGAUUACCAUCAACAAUCCGGACUACGAACCUCAGAACUGGCACGGGACGCUGCUCAUCUUCUCCAUGGUUAUCAUCUUGUACGUCUUCAACACGUGGACUGCGGAGUGGCUGCCGGACUUCCAGAAUAUCCUUAUGAUACUCCACGUCUUCGGCUUCAUUGCCGUGGUUGUCGUCUUGUGGGUAUUGGGACCGCAUCCACCAGCCAGUGCCGUAUUCCUUGAAUUCCAAGAUUUCGGAGGCUGGAGUUCGAUGGGCUUAAGCUUGAUGGUUGGACAGAUUUCCGCCAUUUUCUGCCUGAUUUGCUCUGAUUCUGCAGCACACAUGUCGGAAGAGGUCAAGAAUGCUGGUGUCGUUGUGCCGAGGUCAAUGAUGUGGUCGUACAUCAUGAAUGGCUCGCUGGGGUUUAUCAUGCUAGUCUCUCUUCUAUUUUCCAUCCCAGACGUCGAAGCUGCAAUCGACGACCCCACCGGUUACCCUUUCCUCUGGGUGUUCCAGCAGACGAUGCCAACGCGUGGGACGAAUGUGCUUACCACCGUCAUCCUUCUGCUUGUCAUUGCAGGCAACAUCAGUGUCAACGCUUCCACCUCAAGACAGACGUAUGCUUUUGCACGCGACAGAGGCCUCGUGUUCAACGACUGGAUCGCUCGUGUACACCCAAAACUUCUGGUACCAGCAAACGCCGUAACCCUCACCUGCAUCUUUACCAUCCUUCUCGCCCUCAUCAACCUCGGCUCCACCGUGGCUUUCAAUGCCAUCAUCUCUCUACAGCUGGUCGCGCUCAUGUUCUCCUACUUCGUGUCCAUUGGCUGCGUACUGUACAAGCGUAUCCAGAACCCCAAGGCGCUGCCAGAAUGUCGGUGGAGCCUUGGUCGUUUUGGUCCAGCAAUCAACCUCGUCGCCAUCCUUUACUCGGCAUUCGCCUUCUUCUGGUGCUUCUGGCCGAAUGAGGCGUCAGUCACUGUGGACAACUUCAAUUGGGCGAUCGUCAUCUUCAUGGGGACGUUCGUUAUCUCUUUAAUCAUGUACUUCACUAAGGGCCGUAAGGAGUACGAUGGCCCAGUCAUUUCGGUGGAAGGCUUCUUGGCAGAAAGGCGGAUGUUUGCUUAG